CAUGAGAAGCUGUAAUUGACUGGUAAUAUGGAAUUUCUAGGUAAUUGUUCAUGGCGAAUUGGAUUAUUAGCUGGAAUUCGUAGUAAUUGACAAUUUCAAAGUAUAUAAGAGGAUUAGAGCUGCGUAGUUCAAACUGUCAAGAUAUGCAUUAAAAGUUUCGGCGGCUAAGUUACGGAUAUUUCAUUCUUUAAUGAACUUAGAGUGAGCAAACUAAGCAUCUUUGUUUAUCUAAAAUGGAUAUUCUUGACGGAUGAAAGCUUUGCUGGAUCCUCUGUUUUAACUUCCUCCUCCCCAAUGAACAGUUGCGUAAAGCAUAUUACAGAAUAUUACCCCCAUUAUUAGUUUCUUUGGUGGUUUGCUUUUCGUCUUUCCCUGGCACCAGAUCGGCUUUCGUCCCCUUGCAAUUGGCCAGUCUCAAAAUAUAUUUCUGAUGGUUCAUUUUCUAGUUGGAACUAUUACCUGUAAAUUGUGAUAUUAUGGAAAGUAGCGGCUGAUCAGCAGCUGGCACUAACAGUGUGACACCGUCCUAUUCUUUCUCUAUAUAAUUGGUUAAACGGUUCCUUCUAGUGGAAAGCAUUAUCAUUUCAUGUAAAUUCUCCAGAUUCAAGACAUGGAUAUCGUUAUCUCGCGUGAAUCUGAUCAUAAUCUUCUGACAAGUUCAUCUGAAAACCACGAGGCAGCAAUCCUGAAAGAAAGGCAAUCUCUGAAACCAACAUUUUUUGCUUGCAUUGGUGCCCAUGAGUUUUCCUCACCAGAGGUAUUAAUCUUCCUCGAUUAAAUGAUUUAUUCUGCUCGAUUCAUUGUGAGAAGAAAAGGGCUCUAAUUUUGUCCUGAUUAAUUCUUUUAGAUGUGGAAGGCAGCACUGACAGAGUUGGUGGCGACUGCUUCACUAAUGUUCACAUUAACCACAUCCAUUGUCUCCUGCUUGGACUCGCACGAGACUGAUCCCAAGCUUCUUGUCCCAUUUGCAGUCUUUAUUAUUGCCUUUCUCUUUCUCAUGGUGACAGUUCCUCUUUCAGGUGGGCACAUGAGCCCAGUUUUCACAUUCAUUGCUGCCCUCAAGGGCAUCAUUACUCUGGCACGAGCGUCCAUCUAUAUCUUGGCGCAGUGUGUAGGCUCACUAACCGGAUUUCUCAUACUCAACAGUGUGAUGGACCAUGAUGCAGCAAAAAGGUAUUCCCUGGGAGGCUGUACCAUUAAUGGAAAUGGGUCAACGUCCGGAAUAAGUCCUGGAACUGCACUAAUUUUAGAAUUUUGCUGUACUUUUUUGGUGCUCCUUGUUGGUGUAACAAUAGCAUUUGACAAGAGAAGAAGCAAAGAACUAGGCUUGCCAAUGGUUUGUGCUGUGGUGGCAGGGGCCAUGGCAGUGGCAGUUUUUGUGUCCAUUAGUGUGACUGGGCGGGCUGGCUACGCCGGGGUGGGGCUUAAUCCUUCAAGGUGCUUAGGCCCGGCGUUAUUGCUUGGAGGUCAGUUAUGGGAUGGGCAUUGGGUGUUUUGGGUUGGACCUUGUUUUGCUUGCAUCAUUUAUUAUUGUUUCACCAAGGGCUUACCGAAAGAAGGCUUGGUUUGGGAAGAUGGAGAGCGUGACGUUGUGAAUUUGGCCGCACCUGCACUUUGUUGUUGGGAUCCUACAACUCAAGUCAAUGGGAAGGGUUUGUGAAUUUUGACACUGAUGGAGGUUUAAGUUCAUGUUAAGUUCAUGCACGAUUCAAUAACUGGUGAGUGGCUUUCUCUCUUUCCAGUUGAAAGCAGAGAAUAUAACUUAAAGGACACUCGGAUCAGUUGAAAGCAAACAAAUAACGUAGAUUAUUUCAAACCGGACUAUACAAAUUAAUGGAUUAGCACUGAGACUUAUUGGGUGCUAGGAUAAUUUCUGGGUCGAUAAUCUGUUCACCCAAAUAAACAGCUUGUUGACAGAGCAAACCAAUCUCCUUGUUAUGUCCUCCAUUCACACGCUCUCCCUUGGUUUGUUCAAGCCUUUAACAUCUAUCUCAUCUUUUAGAAACACAGGCCCAACUCUUCUUUAAGGUGAACUUGAGAUUCUUUCAAGUUUAAAUUGAAGAUUCGAUACUGAAAUGCUUAUUAAGAGAUCAAGGUAUAUAAGCCGCUUAAUCAUUUGAAUUGACUAAAAGAGUUUACUUUGGGUUUGCUUUCGGGCUUAAUAGACAGCAACAAUUCUUCCCUCCAUCUAGUCCUGUGUUUGCAAGCUAAUAGCGUGUGUGUAUAUAUAUAUAUAUAUAUAU